AUGGCCCCCACAACCCGGAGCUCAUCCUCAUCCGAGAAUUAUUCAAAAACCUUCGAUCCGACAGGCAAAGAUGAGGAAACAAUCAAAAAAUGCAUAUUGGCCCGUACUGAGGAGUACGCCGACAUGUACGACGAGGAUUUAUGGAACAAUUUCCAUGAAGAAUUCGCAGCGUGGAACGAGGAGACCCUACGAAUCGCACCCUUCAAGACUCUAACUGAGCUACGUGACGCCCUUCGAACGAAUGGUGUAUACGCGGCAAAAGGAAGCCCGCACCCGGCAUCCGCCCUCUUUGCAGUCAUUACCGAACCCGAGCAACACAUCUGGACGGAGGAGGAUAUCAGAUAUCACGUACUACGGCGAGGAACGUUCAAUUCGCCGAAUAUCCAACUCACAUACGGCUCCCUGAUUCGUACGAUUCAAAACGAGAAUGCCGUACCAGCCCAGCACGUCACGCACGCCGAACAACCCAUAUCAACACCACCCCCAGCACCACCAGCUUCAGCCAUACCACCUAGCAUAACGACAAGACCACAGGCCCGGUACGAUCAAGCCCGAGAAAUAACACCUACCCCGGUUGCGCCUAGCCAUGGUUACGGCCAAAUAACUCCCGGCGCAAGAACGAUAUAUGAAGCAACACAGAUGUCAAAUACAUCGGCUUCCCAGAGAUUUAAAGCGCACCACGAACCGCAGCACGCUACCUACGUUGCACCGAACCUUCCGAACCUGCAGAAGGCUUUUCUUGACCAUAUGAAGUAUGGAGGCCCCGAGGAAUCGUUCGAUCUUGUAUACCAGACGUUCACACAUAUAUGUGCUCACUACGGAUACCGUACCCCGGAAGCUGUAAGAGAUGUGUUCCAUGUCAUGCUUAAGGGUGCGGCAUCAAGCUAUUACUGGACUAAUAACCCGACUUGGCUACAACAAGGAAUCGACCCAGCAGCAGCGAUAAAGGCACGCUUUGAAACGGAGGAGCACCUUCGCCGAAUACAAGAAACAUGGGACGCUACGAAUCUGCCAAGAACAAUGAACAACCACCCUGAAAAGCCAGUUCUUGAAUGCCUCGAAAUCAUGUUCGCAGAUAUGGAAAAGAUGUAUCAUAAACUUCGCCCAGAGCUUCGAACCGAAGCGCUAUAUAUUGCAAAGCUAUUCGCAGCCACACGACUCGUACCAGCAUGCCACGGAGUUUCAAUAACGUCAACGACCACGGUCUACGCCCUUAUGGAGUCCCUACGAAGAACAGUCACGCAGUGGGAAGAUACGAAAAAGGAAGCUGUUUCUCAAGGCUCACACGUUGUUGACGCCUACUACACGAACCGUCGCUACCACCAUAAGCAGUCGAGUUCACCGCACCGCGGCCGCUCACCACACCGUAACCGACAACAAUACGACGACCGCAGUCGCCGUAGCUCCUCAUGGAAUCCCGCAGCCAAGAUAUGUAGAGUUUGCAAGAGGGCCGGAUCCUACUUCGCUGCCGGUGAAGAGCAGCCACCUAUAGCUACGAAUCAAGAUGACAGAGCUGAUGACAAAGAAUUCAAAGCAUUUCUCGCAGGAGUAGACGCGCCCAGCAGCUACGAAACGGAGGAUCGUGAGGAUCAAGGACCGCUAGAGGCUGCUGGCUGGUUUACUACAGCUAGCCCAGAGCAUGAAAAGUUCUCUCACUCACUUGCUCAAGACCUUGCCAACCGCUCUACAGCCCAUUUUCUUGAGUCAAUGCUUCGAACCGAACCUCACUCGAAGCUAUUUGAAGAUAUUGCUACAACAACUGACGCACUAUACGAUGCUCUCCCAGUACUACCUCAAUAUUCUUUCCUCACCGAGCCCCGUUACUCGACAAACACGUUUGUGGGUAUAUUGAUUGACACUGGCGCUGCAGAACACUCUACAGCCGGAUACCCACAAUACCUUGCUUACCGGAAGACUGCUAAGAAUGUCGUACUUGACACGUCCACAGCAGGCCAAGCUAGCAUACGAUUCGGACCUGGCGAAUCAAUUAAAUCAAUCGGCUCAAUUGACGAUAUGGACCGACUCGGCAUCUUCUUUGACAAUACAAAGAACGUCCUCGUCGGACCGAGCCCCGGCAUGACAACCCCAGUCUCACGUCGCUUCGGUCAUCCAUUUCUUAUAUGGGACCACGCGCUCCAAUCGUACCUGACCGAAUCCUUUGAUGCCGAAACAUGCUUCCUGACUGAGACUGAACUACGUCGCCUACACCGCCGAUUUGGCCACCCGUCAGUCGAGAAGCUUCGAAGAAUGCUUGAACGCGCAGGCCAUAAUGUUGAUUCUGAAGCGCUAAAGCAUAUCCGGAAGGUCUGCCACCACUGUCAAAUCCAUGGUCAGUCCCCUGGCCGCUUCAGAUUUACACUACAGGACGAUGUUAGCUUCAACCACUCAAUUAUUGUCGACAUUAUGUAUAUCAACGGAAAACCAGUGCUCCACGUUGUUGACGAAGCUACACGCUUCAACGCUGCACAUUGGCUUGACAAUAUUUCAGCAAAAGCAACAUGGACUACACUACGGAUCAUGUGGAUUGACAUGUAUCUUGGUCCCCCUGAUUUUAUUGUUACCGACGCUGGCAAGAACUUUACCAGCAAGGAAUUCUCACAGAACGCUUUGUCAAUGAAUAUUACCGUCACUACUGUACCCGUCGAAGCACAUUGGUCAAUUGGCACUGUUGAGCGCUACCACGCCGUACUUCGCCGCUCCUACGAAAUCAUGAAAAAGGAGCUACCUGGUAUAUCUGCUGAAGCAGCACUACAAAUGGCUGUCAAGGCCGUUAAUGAUACUGCAGGCCCAGAUGGCCUCGUUCCGACCCUUCUUGUAUUCGGUGCCUACCCCCGAAUGACUGAAUACGACCCCCCGUCACCUACUACUACCCAACGAGCCGCAGCCGUCAAGAAGGCCAUGACUGAGAUACGAAAAAUACGUGCCCAACGCCAAAUCAGUGAUGCCCUUAAUACAAGAAACGGACCCUCAUCAACUGCCGUACACCGUCUUCCCCUCAAUUCAGACGUACUCGUGUGGAGAGAAGGAAACACCGGAUAUGCAGGAGAAUGGACCGGAUCAUACAAAUUACUAGCAGUCAACAAUGAGACGUGUAUUAUCGAACUUCCAAGUGGACCGACCUCAUUCCGGUCAACCGCCGUCAAGCCGUAUCAUGCUGAACCCGAAGCACAGCCAAAUGGUCCUAUCCCCAGUGAAAAAGACGUUACCCAGCCCGACCCUGAGAAAAGUAUCCAAGAAGCCCCGGAAGCCUCCCCCAAGGCCAUCUCACAGGCUAUGAUUCCACCUCUGCCGUCAGUCGUGAUCCCACAAUACGAACCUAAAGCAAGCAGCCUACCGCGCCCCCAACGAGAUCGUCGCCUACCCGCACGGUAUAGAGAAGAUUACACGCAGCAUACAUUCCUUGGCCAGUUCACACAAGAGCAUGAGGAUGAGUCACGCCACCAAUUCGCAGCUGCCGUAUUAGCCCGAUUCGAAGGCUCGCAGCGAAAAGAGGUCAACGGACUGCUAGAGCGAGGAGUAUUCGAAUACGUUCAAGAAAAGGAUAUCCCUCCAGGCACGAGAAUCUUCACAGCAAGGUUCAUUAACGACAUAAAGAACCCCGGCACCGACAAAGCCUUUGAGAAAUCGCGCCUCGUUGUACAAGCCUACAACGACGGAGACAAGGAAUACGUACUAACACAGUCACCGACAAUACAACGAGCCAGCCAACGAAUCAUUCUCUGCCUUGGCAUGAUUGUGGAAAACGUACGAUAUUAUAUUCGCGAUAUCACGCAGGCCUAUAUCCAGUCAACUACGAAGCUCAACCGCGAUUUUUACAUACGAAUCACACCGGACCUCGCAGAAUACUUCCCCGGAGCUACGUUUCUCAAAGUUGUGCGCCCUCUCUAUGGAAUCCCCGAAGCAGGCAACCACUGGUUCCGUACGUAUCACAACCACCACACGGAAAAGCUCAAUAUGGAGACGUCGACCUACGACCCAUGCCUUCUUCACUGCUCCGAUUCAAAGCAAGGAUUUGGUAUCGUAGGCAUGCAAACUGACGAUACUCUUAUCGUCGCUAACGACACCUUCGCAGUACGAGAGGAGGAAGAGAUUCAACGUGCUAAUAUUCUUUGCAAACCCCGAGAAGAGCUAACGAUUGAUAACCCGCUCAAAUUUAAUGGUGCGGUUGUUACAGAGACUGCCCAGGGUAUUACCCUCACCCAGAAACGCACCUGCAGUCAUAUUCGGCUUGUACAAGAUCAACCAGCGGACACUACGAAUUCACGUGGCAAGGUACGAAAAGAUGCCACGCCGAAGGAACAAUACAUUGCCCAACGAGCCCUUGGUGCGUAUAUCGCUUCAAUGUCACAACCUGAAGCCUCCUUCGAUCUUUCCUUCGCAGCACAGACAACGGACCCCCAGAGGGACGAUAUCAAGGCUCUCAAUAAGCGUUUACAAUGGCAGCUCGACAACCCUGAACGAGGACUACGAUUUGUCAAACUAGACGUACGAACUCUACGUCUUAUCGCCCUCGUUGAUGCUUCAUUCGCCAACAACAAGGAUUUGUCUUCACAACUCGGCUACGUUAUCGUAUUAGCAGACGAAGCAAACAACGCGAAUAUCCUCCACUGGUCCUCUACGAAGUGCAAGAGGAUAACGCGAAGCGUACUCGGCUCCGAAACGUACGCACUAGCCAAUGGAUUUGAUGCCGCAGCUGCAAUCAAGUCAACUCUCACGCAGCUACUCCACCUUACCGAACCACUACCUCUCAUUGUUUGCACCGAUUCAAAGAGCUUGUACGAAUGCCUCGUCAAGCUUGGGACGACACAGGAAAAACGCCUCAUGAUUGACCUCAUGUGUCUACGCCAAUCAUACGAACGUCAAGAGAUCUCAGAGGUCAGAUGGAUUGACGGCAACAGCAACCCAGCUGAUGCCAUGACAAAAGGCAAGCCAUGCCACGCUUUGCAAGAGCUUAUUGAUACGAACAAGCUACGUAUCAACGUUAACAGCUGGGUGGAAAGGACAGCUACGACACGCAGCCCUGAACCUAAGGCUGUAAGAUUUGCUACACCAUUGGAGUCCCCGGACCAGUAG